AUCAUAGUUCAUCAUGCACUGAUCUUAGCAUCAAGCUGUAAUCACCAACAAGAGAACAACACAGCCAUAAUAAUAAAAAAUGCCAAUACUGAGAUAAAUUGAAAAGGAAAUAUAUUUCUGCACCACAAAAAUCAAGGCUACGCCGCACUAUGAGAAAGGAAACGAGCUGCCGAAGAGGAAUCCGAGUGAGAUAAAUUAAACAUGGUCCAAAAUAUCGAGCUAAAAAAGGAACGAUUUCCCGAAAAUUCCGCUUUUGUGUUUACCAAGUUGCAUUUCAUUCGUGUUAAUCUUCGUAAAAGCUCCGAGUAAAGCUCAUUCAAGCAGUGCAGACACAGCAAAUGCAUCUGGAAUUCGAACAGCAGCACACGUGUGGAGUUAUCAAUCAAUCAUCCCCACCAAACGGGUCAUGAGAAGGAGCAGUAUCCUGCCCGAUAUGCCGCUGAACCAAACGCUGCAAGUCAGCCAUAACUUUCUGCUCUCGCUUGGCCUUCUCCUCAUAGUUAAACAUUGCCAGGGCCCGUUUGUCCUCAGCACUAUAAACCUGGUUUUCCUUCCUAAUGCGGAUAGCAUUCAUCCUUUGAUGCCUGCUCCCACUCAUCACAUACCCAAGAGACUCGAAUUUCAAAAUCUCCUCAGCCGAGAGGCCCACUUCACCUCUACGGGGAUACGUUUACCCUGCUGAACAUACUGGGCUAUAGCAUCACCUUCACCGGGCCUGAGGGCCCCACCAUAGCUAACGUGGCCCUCGGCCCGAGGCAGGGGCAUCGGGCCCACAACGGGCUCUUCAUCAAGAUUGAGCUUUUUACGCUGCUCGAUCAUUUCCUUCAACUUGAGAAGCUCCUCAUUUGUGUCGGCAUUGACUAUGAGCUCGUCUGGCUUAGGAGCAGCUGCAUUUGCUUCAUGUUCUGAGUUAGAGGGGCUGCCACCAGAGCCGGAACUCGAUUCUCUCUUCUUCUUCCUCUGUUUGGAACGUGAAGUUGACCUUUGCUUGCGCUUUUCCGACCUAAUGUGAUCAUGGCUUGUUUCAGAAUCUUGGCUCUCGCUCUCGGUUUCGGUUGCACUCUUUGAGCGCUUUUUCCUGUUGCUUCUCUUUCUCCGGCUGCUCUUUUUCAGACUCUUUCUCCUACUCCUCUUCCUAUCUUCCUCCGUAUCAUUGUCGCUAUGGGUUUCACUCUCAGAGACUGAUUUCGAUCUUCGACUCUUACGCCUCCAACGGGAUUUUAUAUUCUUUCUUGACCUAUAAUCAUCUGAUUCAAAUUCAGAAUCCUCAGACACCGACUCAGAUUCACUCUCCGGAGAUUUUUCCGCUUCAGCAUUCGGGCCCUUGUUCGGUUUCUCUUUUUCGCCCUUCAGAACAUCUUCCUCUUCCAGCUCGUUAUCUGAUUUUUCAUUAAGAUCUCUAGGGGGGCAAGGGGUGCAAUUCCAGAUGCAUUUUUGAGCGAUUUUCUCAAUCUCUGGCGCUUGAGCCUGCGAUACUCCUCGUAAGGUAAACCUUUCAGUUCUUCGUCGGAUUCAGAUUCCUCCUCGGCUCGCUUGUUUCUGUAGUCCCGAUCGAAGUAGGGUUUUUUGCGGCUAUCGUAAUUGAAAUUAUGGCUAUCGCCACACCUUCGGCCAUCGUCGAGAUUAGGGUACGAAUAAUCCGGCGAAGAACGACGAUACCUGCCAUAGCCGUUGCUCCUAGGGCUUCUACUCGGGCUCGGGCUCCGGCUCCGGCUGCGGAUAAAACUGCGAUCGCGUCGUGAUAGCUGCGAGGAUCUGGGGAAUGGCGGCCGUUGUCGUGGUGGCCGGCGGUACGCCGGCGUUCGUUAACCUCUACGGCUGAUGAAAGUCUGCCCAUUUGGGGAUUUGAGAUGAUCCGGAAAACAAUUCGGACUUAAGAAUUUGAAUGAACUGAGACGGGUAAAACCUCGGGUCGGCUCUGAACAAUAAUAAUUGUGUUUUAUUGCAAUGUGAGCCCAUUCUUCCAUUGGGAAUUGGCCCUAUAUAAAUCGAUUUUCCAUUAUUGUGAGCCCGUUUAUCUGUUGGGUAUUAUUAGGAUUUUGUGUCAAAAAACUAGUCAAUUUUCAUACAAUGUAUGGUCUUGCAGCAUGUAAAUCUCAUCAUUAGCGGGUAGAUAAAUGUCCAAAUAUGGCCCAUUAUCAGCCCAAUAUAAAUUCCACAAGGCCCAGCAUUUGUUACAUAAACCCUAGGGUUAGAGUCUUAUCUUCUUUCAGAGCUGAGACGCCUCGCAAGCGGAGAGUGACAGAGCUUCACCGGCGCACGGCCUAAAUCGUCUCAAACGACACCAAAAAUGGCGGAAAAAGCAGUGACCAUCAGAACGAGGAAGUUCAUGACGAACCGGCUCCUCUCUAGGAAACAAUUCAUCAUUGACGUUUUGCAUCCAGGAAGGGCGAAUGUUUCUAAGGCUGAGUUGAAGGAGAAGUUGGCAAGGCUGUAUGAGGUUAAAGAUUCGAAUGCCAUCUUUGUGUUCAAGUUCAGGACCCACUUUGGUGGAGGCAAAUCUACUGGCUUUGGCUUGAUCUAUGAUUCUGUUGAGAGUGCAAAGAAAUUUGAGCCUAAAUACAGGCUUAUCAGGAAUGGUCUUGACACUAAGGUUGAGAAGUCGAGGAAGCAGAUGAAGGAAAGGAAGAACAGAGCAAAGAAAAUCCGUGGUGUUAAGAAGCCGUUGAAUAUCACAGCAUUCUCCAGAGCUCGAUUCGAAACCCUAGCCAUGUCGCUGGUAGCAAAUGAGGAUUUCCAGCACAUUCUGCGUGUGCAGAACACGAACGUGGACGGGAAGCAGAAGAUCAUGUUCGCUUUGACCUCCAUCAAGGGUAUCGGCCGCCGUUUUGCCAACAUCGUCUGCAAGAAAGCCGACGUCGAUAUGAACAAGAGGGCUGGUGAACUCUCAGCUGCUGAAAUCGACAGCUUGAUGGUAAUCGUUGCAAACCCUCGCCAGUUCAAAAUUCCCGACUGGUUUUUGAACAGAAAGAAGGAUUACAAGGAUGGUAAGUACUCUCAGGUGACUUCCAAUGCCCUUGACAUGAAGCUCAGGGAUGAUCUUGAGCGUCUCAAGAAGAUCAGGAACCACCGAGGUUUGCGUCACUACUGGGGUCUCCGAGUGCGUGGGCAGCACACCAAGACAACUGGACGUAGGGGAAAGACUGUUGGUGUCUCCAAAAAACGGUGAACUUUGUUUGUUUUGUUUUGUUAUCUUUUCAAGUUGUUCGUAUGAGUAAUAUUAUUUUGUUUUAGAGUAUGUUCUUUCCUUAUUGUGUACCCAAGAAGUUUCAUGUUCUGCCGGGUUAUGAUGUUAUACUUUGUUUUGGAACUUUCGAAGAAGUUUUUUGUAUUCCGAUGAGACCCAAUUUAUUUGUGAGAGAAUCUGAAUCAGUAGGUUUAUGUUUGUGCUUGAGGUUUGCUUCAUUAUGAGAAAUUGAGUUAUUAUUUCUUUGGUUCUUUAUUGAAAUUGAAGAGUUGAAUCUCAAUGUGGGGUCAUUAUACAUUAACAUAAUGGUUGGG